AUGUCUCAAAAGGACUCCGUCCCCAGCUGGUUAUUGCGAAGAAACAGCACAUUGACGAUUAUUGAAGACCUUUCCCUGCCCUUAGUCCCCUUCGAGGACUGCAGCUCAACCUGCAACUACGCUGCAACCAUCAUUCCUCCAUUCUACCAUACCCUCUCACUGCUCGGUAUCUUUGGAAACGUCUGCAGCCUGGUGAUCUGCCUCAAACCGUCUCGACCUUGGAGUAUCGGCUCCAUCGGAGUACUCAACCUAGCUCUGUGUGACCUAGCGUACCUGGCCUCCAUACCGCCCAGGGCUAUCUAUGUAAGUGAGAACUAUGACUGGAGCAUGGGCAGUUCACUGUGCAUCCUGAGUAACAUACUCCACUUUGUGGGUCUGACCUCCAGCACCAUGUUUAUCUGUGUUGUCAGCACCGACCGCUUCCUGGCUAUUGUCUUCCCACUCGAGUCACGGAUGGUCCGCACCCCCCGCAACGCUGCCCUGGUCUCACUGCUCCUAUGGGCCAUUACCGUCCUGCUCAUUUACCUCAGCUAUCCUAACAUCAACUACAGGGAGCGGAAGAGCGGCAUCCGCUACUGUGGAACUGUGGUGACCUCAAGGUUCAGGUACAGCGCAGCCACCUACAAUCUGUUAUCCUACUACUCUGUGCAGGUGUCUGUUCCCUUGCUCCUCAUCAUCCCUUCCUACGUGAAGAUUAUAGCCCGGAUGAGGCAGUCGCGGCAGCAGUGGGCUGCAGGCAACAUGCAGGGCCGGGGGGACAAGACCAUCUGGCUGAUUGCAGUUUUCAUAGCCAAUUUCUUGGUGUGCUGGUGUAAUGCCUGUACAUGA